AGAAAAAACAAAAUUUAAAAGAAAAAAAUACUCCGCGCCUCAAUUCAAAACAGGGAAUACACAGAUAAAGACCUUGUUUGGGAACAACGUUUUAGAUUAGCAUUUUAGAUAAAAUUUUAAUGAUGUAUAUUAAAUUCUGAGAACAUUAAAUCUAAAAGCUACCUCCAUAGUGUUUUCAAAAAUAACUAAUUCCAAACUGACCAAAACAGUAGGAGAUGGUUGCAAUCUCGAAGUCCCGUCCUAAUUUCCUUCUCUGAAAACUUCUCAACCCUCGAAAAACCCUAAAAAUGGCGCUCACAAAACCAGGCCAAGUCCACCGGUACCCGCAAAGGCAUUACGUCGAUGCUCUCAGGUGGCUCCCCCGGCUUUCCGCCUUCCACCGCCACAUCAUUCUUGCCGCUUUCGACCACGACACCUCCUCACCCUCCUUCCAGCUUCUUACCCUUUCCCAACCGCUGCAUUCCGAUUUAGAACCUGAGAUUCCUCAACUCACCGUAGAAUCAUCUCUUUCCACGGCUUCACGGAUUACUUCCCUGAAAUCCUGCCCGACGUCUAAUAAAUCUCUCAUUACCGCAGCCACAUUUUCUGGCUCUCUCCUGGUUCUCUCUGCCGAUUUGAUGAAUGGGUCGUUAAAUGUAGAGGCCUCCGUAUCUGAUAAAGCUUUCCACUCGGGACCCAUCUCGGGGAUUGAUGUCAGUGAAAAUGGGUCCGAUGUUGUUAGCGUCGGGGAAGAUGGGAAGGUGAAUUUGAUCAACAUGGAGGGUGGGAUCGGCGGCCAGAAAGUGAAAUUUCAGAACGUUUUUGGCAAUAAUGGGCUGGUUUCAUAUCAGGCAGUUAAGUGGGCUUCUCCAGUGGAGUUCGUGACAGGUGGAUUAGGGUUUAGCCUACAGUGGUGGGAUCUUAGACACCCGGGUGGACCAGUUUAUCACUUCAAAAGAGACUGGAAUCAUGGAACCACAUCUGGCAUUGUGCAUUCAAUUGACAUUCAUCCAUCGCGGAAGCAUGCUUGUCUUGCAGGAGGUUCUUCUGGUACUGUAUUUGUAUGGGAUCUUCGUAGGCAACAAUCUAUAGCUCUUUCGGGCAUGGGAACGAGAGAUGCGUUGAUCCAGCCACCGUUGGAAAGUGAUGUAUGGGAGGUUCAGUACGACUGUACUCAUUUUUCCAGAAGUGCCCUCUCUUCAGCUUCAUGUUAUCUUCCUGCCAUGAUUUGUUCAGAGGAUGGGAUCCUUGGUGUAUUAGAGCAAAAUGAAGAACCUAUUGAACUUCUGGCCGAACCAUGUGCCAUCAACAGCUUUGACAUCGACAAGCAAAAUCCCUCGGACGUGAUUUGCAGUCUGGAGUGGGAGGCCAUUGCCGUCCUGUCAACACCAGCUGUUGACAGUACAGUCAGAUCCAAGGCGAGAGUAUAGAGAUGUUACAACUCCAGCAUUCUCUUUUCCAUAAACACAAAGCGGGGUGUAAUCUAGUCGAGCCACCUUUUAGAGGGUAAUUAAGAUUUAAGAAAUCUUUUUGUGAGCCUUAUGUGGGGUGAAACUUAGUAGAAUGACUCUUGCUCGCCAAGUUGGCAGCUAGCGAACAAGAUGCUCUAAAUUAGUUUUUUUCCCACAAUUUCCUUCCCUUUCUCUCUUCCCCGCGAAAAUGGUUGGCAUUAAGAGAAACCUCAACAAACAACCAACUUUUAACAUCACACGCAAGGGGAGUGGAGUAAAGUGAGCUAACCCUCUUUGUGGAAUUUGGUGGUCAAAAAGAGUGUCAAAAUGUGAUAGACAAUCCCAACCAUGAUGAGUCUUGGGUGUUUAUGCUUUAGGCUAUAGUAUCCCUAGUGGUAGAUCCCCGCCAAUGACCAUCGAUCACCCUACAAGAAAGUUGGUGUUUCGCG